ACGUCCUGUUUUCUGAUUAUGUGUUUCUUUUGUUGCUAUUGCUUUGGAUUGGUUGUUCUCAUAGUAAAGUUAAAAACACUGUAGCUGAGGUGAUUUCUGUGAUGACUAAAAUCACGGAACACAAAUUAAAUGGAUUUAAUUUUCUAGAUUGGAGUAAGACUAUCCGUAUUUAUUUACGAAGUAUUGGAAUGGAUGAUUAUCUUACCAAGGAUUUUCCAAUUGAUGAAAUUAGGAGAGAUUGGAUGAGGGAUGAUGCUCGAUUAAUUUUGCAUAUCUGAAAUUCUAUUCAUAGUGAGGUAAUCAACCUUAUUAAUCACUGUGAAUUUAUUAAAGAAUUAAUGAAUUAUUUGGACUUUUUAUAUUCUGGCAAAGGGAAUAUUUCUCGUAUUUAUGAUGUAAGGCGUUUUAUCGAGCUGAGAAAAAUGAUAGAACUCUGACUUCCUAUUUUAUGGAUUUUAAAAGAGUGUAUGAUGAACUUAAUGUCUUGAUGCCUUUUAGUACAGAUGUGAAAACUCAACAAGCUCAACGAGAGCAAAUGGCUGUUAUGAGCUUCCUUGCAGGUCUCCUUCCAGAGUUUGAGACAGCUAAAUCUCAUAUUCUUUCUGACUCUGAAAUAUCAUCGUUACAUGAUGUUUUCACUAUGGUGUUGCGUACAUAAUCUCCAAUUCCUUCACACGCUAGUGCUCUUGUUAGUCACAAUGACAGUGGCAGACAGAAUAAUGGAGGUGAGCACAGGAGAGGUUUUAAUGGUGGUAGAGGAUCUCAGCGUUCCAGGAAAUUAGUUCCUACUUCUACCUCUGAUGGAAUAAUUUGUUAUUACUGCUGUGAACCUGGACACACUAAGAAAACAUGCCUGAAACUUCAGAAUAAGAAUCAGCACUCACAAAUGGCGCAUAUGGCAGUUGAGGCUUCUCCUGAUCAGAGAAUUUUGAUAUCUGCAGAUGAGUAUACACAAUUCACCCAAUACCAGGCAUCUCUAAAAUCCUCUAACUCUAUCACUGCAAUUGUCGAGUCAGGUAACUCUACUGCAUCUCUUGUGUUUUUAUCCUCCAAAUGAAUUAUUGAUUCUGGUGCUACCGAUCAUAUGUCAGGUAAUUCUACCAUUUUAUUCAAUCUUAAGUCUCAUGCAUCGUCUUCUUAUAUUAUUCUUGUUGAUGGCACUAAAUCUUUUAUCAUCAGUUCUGGACAUGUCAACUUAACCCCUUCUCUUUCUGUAUCCUCUGUGUUAUGUCUUUCUAAGUUCUCCUUUAAUUUGUUUUCCGUUACUAAACUCACUCGUGCACUGAAUUGUUAUGUCUCAUUCUUUUCUGAUCAUUGUGUGUUUCAAGAUCUUUCAACGAUGUAGAUUAUUGGUAGAGGGCGUGAGUUAGAGGGUUUUUACGUCUUAGAUCAGCAACUACCUAGAUCUCUUGCAUGUUCCACAAGUUUAACGCCUUUUGAUGUUCAUUGUCGUUUGGGGCAUCCUUCUCUCUUUGCUUUGAAGAAGCUAUGUCCACAGUUUCACUCUUUGUCUGUUUUAGAUUGUGAGCCUAGUCAAUUUGCCAGACAUCACCGUUUACCUACAGUGUCUCGAGUCAAUAAACAGGCUUCGUCCCCCUUUGAGUUAGUACAUUCAGAUGUUUGGGGUCUUUGUCCUAUUGUGUCUAAGUCUGACUUUAAGUAUUUUGUUACUUUUGUUGAUGAUUUCUCUCGCACUACUUGGUUAUUUUUAAUGUAGAGUCGUUCAGAAUUAUUCUCAAUCUUUUGUACCUUUUAUGCUGAAAUUCAAACUCAAUUCAAUAUUUCCAUUUGAAUAUUGCAAAGUGAUAAUGCUGAAGUGUAUUUUUCUAGGAAAUUUUAAUCUUAUUUGUUACAAAAAGGGAUUCUUCAUCAGUCUUCCUGUGUUGACGCUCUUUCACAGAAUGGAGUCACCGAAAGGAAAAAUCGACAUUUUCUUGAAGUAGCCAGAGUCCUCUUAUUUCGAAUGAAAGUACCUAAAUGCUUUUGGGCUGAUGCCGUAUCCACUGCUUGUUUUUUGAUCAAUUGCAUGCCCUCUUCCGUCCAUGGUGAUAUCCAUUAUAACAGUUUGUUUCCCACUAGAUCUUUGUUUCCUAUUGAGCCACGUAUCUUUGGUUGUACUUGUUUUGUUCGUGAUGUUCGUCCACAGGUUGCUAAAUUGGAUCCCAAAACACUCAAAUAUGUCUUUCUUGGCUACUCUCGAUUUCAAAAAGACGCUUCCUGCACCUUCCAUUCAUAUGCCAGGUCGCCCUCCCAUUUUUUAUGUUUAUUCUAGACGCUUAGAGGACUCUGACUCUGCUCCGCUACCAACUUCUUCGUCAACAGACCCUGCUUCCAUCGAUCCUUCACCAUCUGAUUUGGAUUUUCCCAUUGAUCUUCGCAAAGGUAAACGUACUUGCACUCAUCAAUUUUCGUCUUUUGUCUCUUAUAGUCAAUUAUCCUCUUUUUCUCGUAGUUUUUCCACUGCUUUAAAUUCUAUUUCAGUCCCCAAAACUGUUAUGAAGACUUUAUCCCAUCCUGGUUCGCGUGCUGCAAUGAAAGAAGAAAUGAUAGCCCUAGACAUUAAUGGUACUUGGGAGUUGAUGUCCUUGCCCCUAUGAAAGCGAGCUAUUGGGUGUAAAUGGGUGUUUGCAGUGAAAGUAAACCCUGAUGGAUCUAUUGCUCGCCUCAAGGCCCGUUUAGUGGCUAAAGGUUAUGCUCAAACUUAUGGAGUUGACUAUUCUGAUACAUUCUCUCCAGUUGCCAAGCUCGCAUCUGUUCGAUUGUUUAUUUCCCUGGUAGCUACACAUAAUUGGCCUUUGCAUCAACUGGAUAUUAAAAAUAUUUUUUUUCAUGGUGACCUUCAGGAGGUUGUUUAUAUUGAACAACUACCUGAUUUUGUUUCUUAGGGGGAGUUAGGCAAGGUUUGUAGACUUCGAAAAUCCCUCUAUGGCUUAAAACAGAGUCCUCGGGCAUGGUUUGGCAGGUUUAGUGAGGUGGUUCAACAGUUUGGAAUGAAAAUGAGUAAGUG